AUGGCGUUUGAGCUCCGUAGCCUGACCAGGCAAUGGGAAGGCCGAGCUAGACUAUCCUCUCUCGACACAAACGACGAACGCAUUCAACCGCCCCAGCGAGUCACCAAUGCAUCGGCAUGCAAGGUCGGCCUCAUCAUCGGUGCAAGUAGCUGCAUUAUCGUCUUCGCGCUCAAUCUGGGCGUCACUAUUUGGUCUACGACUCUGCCACGUGGAGGCGCCACAGACGGCAGCCGGAGAAUUCUCAAAGAGGGAUCAUGCUCGGACAUCCGCAAGAUCAAUGUGACGCUGCAUCUUCUCAUCAACAUACUCAGUUCCAUACUCUUGGCAGCAAGCAACUAUGGCAUGCAGUGUUUAUCCGCCCCGACUCGCGGCGAAGUCGACAAGGCUCACGGCAGAGGGAAGUGGAUGGACAUUGGAAUACCUAGCAUACGCAACUUGGUUGACAUUCCGCGGAAGAGAGCCAUUCUCUGGGGGAUAUUAGCACUGUCAUCAGCGCCUUUGCAUCUCUUCUACAACUCUGUGGUUUAUUCCUCUCUAACGACUGUUGACUAUAUCAUUGUGGGAGUUAAUGAGACGGCCACUAAUUCAAAUUCAACCUUCUCAUCCAAGUUUCACCAGGUGAACCAGACCACGCAGUUUCAGAGCAAUCUGAACCAGAGUCUACCUGAUAUGGUCCCAGGUGCACUUGAAGCGAUCGGAAAUUUAUGGGAUCUCGCUAGCUCUGGCGACCUUGAGAAUCUCACAAAUUCCCAAUGCAUCAACGAGUAUGCCACGUCAUUUCAGACAUCCCGUCAACAUGUUUUGUUAGUUUCUGAGCCUGGCGAGGAUCCGAACUGGCAAGGAAUACCCCGUUAUGAAGAUUCUUUCAUCUUUAAGACGGUUAUCACUGAUUACGCAUAUGAUUGGAUAUGCAACAAUGCUCCUGUUGACGUUGUUUAUAAUUGCCGGACUUCGCUACCGACGGUCAAGAAACAGGUGAAUAAUUGGGAUCCGUUUGGUGAUCGGAUCCGGUACUGUCUCAGUAAGCGAGUAGACCAACACUGUCGACUCAAUUUCAACCCAAAUCUCAUCGCCAUUGUCCUUAUCACGAACGCCUUAAAGGCUGUCAUUCUUCUAUAUGCAGCCUUACGACCGCCUGAGGAGGCGCUCCUUGCUCUUGGGGAUGCCAUUGGAUCUUUCUUGUCUACUCCAGACGGAGCCUCGAGAGACAGUUGUCUCGCUUCGGCAAAGGAUGUUACACGAAGGGCAAAGCAUGAUUGGAUUGGGCCUCGUGCGUGGGUUCCAGUUAAGAGGAGGUGGGGAGCGGCCAUUACCCGACGUCGGUGGAUCAUGAGCCUCGUGAUUUACUCAGCUUCUAUGAGCGUCCUAUUGUUUUUCAUCAUAUGGGGCAUCCUUAAUCUUAGUAGCCCCAAAGAUCUUAAGACCCUAUGGGACCUCGGUUUUGGGGCAGUGACAGAAGUGUCGUUGAUAAAUAACUUUGGAAAUAAUGACUCUAGAGUCAUACUAAGUGUGCUUUUAGCCAAUAUCCCGCAAUUUAUUUUCUCAGGAUUAUACUUUCAGUAUAAUGGCCUGCUCACAGGGAUGCUCGCAGCUAAGGAAUGGAGCGACUUUGGUCUGAAACGGAAGGGAUUGCGGGUUUCAUCAGAUCCAAAAGGAGAACAGCGGUCUCGCUAUUUCUUGCAGCUGCCAUACCGCUGGAGCGUUCCGUUGGUGCUGGCAUCGAUUCUCAUACACUGGAUGCUAUCUCAGAGCAUCUUCGUUGUCGCGGUUGACAGAUCAACGGAGCCUGACACGAUGCUCGGGACUGUAAGCGAUACAACGCUGUACUCUACGUGUGGGUACUCACCUAUUGCCAUGAUUGCAGUAGCCAUGACAUCUUUCGCAAUGGUCUUGGCUGUUGUUUUCACGGGGUUCCGUCGCCUUCCAACUGCAAUCCCAGUAGUGGGGAGCUGCAGCCUCGCAAUUGCAGCAGCCUGUCAUCACCUACACGGCACUCCGCAGCCAGAGGAAGCAUUUGCCUCGUUGAAAUGGGGCGCUACGGACAGCCAUAGGGAGGGCCCUGGUGAAGAAAAUUUGGGGCAUUGUGGGUUUUCUAGCGAGUACGUUGAAGAUCCCCGGGAGGGAGCAGAGUACUCCUAA